GAAGCAGCAUUCUUUCAGAGGGAUGACCUCCGCUGUCUCCGCAGGGGCUGGCACUGAGGACGCGACCCGACCCGAGGAUUGGAUAGCAGCCGCCGGACGCCAGGACCCGACGGGACCCAACGGGACAGUCGUCAUCCCAACCCAACUCUGCUGCCCACAUGCCGGGUUUAUCCUGGACCAGGACGUCACAGGCCCGGGCCCGAUAAACCCAGGAGGUAGAGUCGUUAUCUGUUUCUGAAUCAUCAGUUCAACCACUGGUGCAAACGCUCUUUUCUUUCUUGUGCUUCUUCAUACAAAGUCUGCAGAACCAUGUGCCAAAAACAAAGGUUCCUCAGGUAGUGACAUGACGCCGGUCUGACCCUGGAGAUGCCGAAGAGACGAGAUAUCGUCGCCAUCGUGUUGAUCGUGUUGCCGUGGACGCUGCUCAUCACCGUUUGGCAUCAGAGCGCCAUCACACCGCUGCUCGCCACAAGGAAAGAUGACAGAGGUGAUGGUCGAUCCAACUCCAGGAACACGUUCGCCUUUAAGGAGUCCUGUUCGCCUCAGAACCGGGACAUCGUGGAGGUGGUACGCACCGAGUAUGUGUACAGCCGCCCUCCGCCGUGGUCCGACAUCCUCCCCGCCAUCCACGUCAUCACCCCCACCUACAGCCGUCCGGUGCAGAAGGCGGAGCUGACCCGCCUGGCCAACACCCUGCUCCACGUCCCCAACCUGCACUGGAUCCUGGUGGAGGACGGCCAGAAGAGGACGCCUCUGGUCAGCCGGCUUCUCCGCGACACUGGCCUCAACUACACGCACCUCAACGUGGAGACGCCCAGGAACUACAAGGUACGAGGGGACACCAGGGACCCCCGGAUACCCAGAGGCACCAUACAGAGGAACUUGGCCCUUCGCUGGCUCCGGGAAACCUUCAACAUCAACAACAGCCAGGCCGGGAUCGUCUACUUCGCAGACGAUGACAACACCUACAGUCUGGAGCUGUUUGAGGAGAUGCGAUCCACUAAGAAAGUAUCAGUGUGGCCUGUGGCAUUUGUCGGCGGCCUCCGUUACGAGUCCCCUAAAGUCAACACCUUUGGUAAAGUGUACGGCUGGAAGACUGUGUUCGACCCCCACCGGCCUUUUGCCAUAGACAUGGCGGGGUUCGCAGUGAACCUGCGCCUCAUUCUGUCCAAACCUCAGGCUUAUUUCAAACUACGCGGCGUGAAGGGAGGUUAUCAGGAGAGCAGUCUGUUAAAGGAGCUGGUCACCCUGAACGACCUGGAGCCGAAAGCCUCCAACUGCACCAAGGUAUUAGUAUGGCACACACGGACCGAGAAGCCGGUUCUGGUAAAUGAGGGCAAGAAAGGAUUUACAGACUCUAACGUGGAGAUAUGACAUUCCUCAUCCACCACAGUGGAGGCGUUUCUCCGUGGGCUUUCACCUGAGUUUAAAGGGACGUCAGUGCUCCACAAAGCCACGGACGGGGGUCAGAUAUUCUACCACAGCACAGUAGCUGUACCUUCCCACAGCUUAGAACUAGAGGCACACCUGUCCCUCCCCAGGCGGCGCCGAGAAGCCGUGUGUGUGUGUGUGUGUGUGCGCACCGACCGUCGAGUAUCAAAGCACAACUGCACCACCAGGCAGCGGCGGUCCCGGUCUGAUGCGAGACCCCGGUAGGAGCUGCCAACAGGAGCUGAAACAAAGGAUAUGAGGCGGUUUAACUGCAGGAAGAGAUGGCACGGAGAGCAAUAAAGAGCCCUCUGAGCGCAGACAACACCAGCCAACCAUCCAAUCAGCAUUAAAUAGGGCCCUUUUGUUCUGGGCACCGGGCUGCACAGCCCAAUAAAAGGGGUCCUUGUCUUAAAGCGAGUCAGCGCUGACUGACAGACUGCACCGAGGGGAUCUGAGCCCCCCCCGUUUGUACUGUACAACACUGAGCUAUUCACACAGCACCCAGACCCAGCACUAAUUAGGAGUCCUGUAACUCCAGCACACAUCAGCCGUCAACACACGACGCACACACGGACACGAAAACACACCACAGCGCUUCAUUAUCCACUAGCAGAGUCAUCUCUCACAGCGAAUUAUGUUAAGCUCCUAUUCGUCAUCUGCUGCUACACGACGACAUCCAUAUUUAAGAGGAGAUUCAGCACCACUUCACAACCAGGCUAUAUUUAUGAGGGAUUUAUUAGUAAUGGCUUAUAACCAGGGUAUUAAUGAGGUCGUAAACAUUCUAUAAAUUAUCAGUAAGAUGAUCGAACGCUUUAUUAACCCUCUGCAGGGUUCCUGCAGGGUCUUAAACAGUCUUGAAUUUACAAAUCUGCAUUUAAUACCAUAAAAAAAGUCUUUAAAGGGUAUUACAUUUGUUAUGGUACGUCUUAA